UAUAUAUAUAUGUAUGUAAGUAUACAGAAAAUAUUGAUUUUAUUUUCGAGCAAUUUAUUUCUAGAACUCUUCGAUGCGGUGAUCAGAGGAAACGAUCGAGGCUCGAGGAUGUUUUUGUUUUGCCUGCGAAGAGAGGAAGUCUGAUAUCUGAAAGGAGAAAACUAUCACGGGACGGAAAGAAGAAUUGAGGGCAGCGAAGGGGAAAAUGUUAUUAAUUUGAGAGUCGCGAGAAAAAAACGAGAGACAGAGUGAGAGAGAAGUGGAGCUUUGCUGAAAUUUGGGCGGAAGGGGAAAUUAGGGAAUAUAAGCAAGCUUUUAAAAGGCGUUUUCGGUCGAAAUUCAGAAGAGGUAAGAAAGGUUUCUGCUAGGGAUUGCUGCUGGGUUCGUGAAGGGAAAAGCUCAGUAUCCACUUGCUUUCAAGGCUUUAGUUGUGUCCCUUCAGAGGGAAGAGAGGAAGGUUAGAUCAAGUUCUGAAAAUGAAAGGAAAACAGAGGAUAAUUCGUUAACCUCAUUUAAAUUGAGGCAAAAACAGUUGGAAGUAUUUUCUUCUCUUCUCAGGUGAAAUUUGGGAAUAAUCAUGCCAGAUACACAAGCCCUUGUCAAUGACUUUCUUAACAAGCUUAGGAAAAGAAAGAUUGAGGGAUCACAUGCAACAGCAAGGCAGACUGCUGAGCUUCUACGAUCUGUGAUUUCACAGCAGAGAGUGCCUUACACAAAUCAAGCUGGAGCCCUGAUUGAUGCUGUGAGGGCUGUUGGCGAGCAGCUGAUUGCUGCAAAUCCUGUUGAGCUUUCUGUGGGUAAUAUUGUGAGGCGCGUUCUGAACAUUAUAAGAGAGGAGGAUCUUUCUUUGACAACAGCUGCCAUGGCAGGGCUGAACUUGUCUGCAGCAAGUGAUGAAGAAGAUGAUAAUGAGCGACGCGACCACCCAAUACUGUCAGCUGCAGCUCUUGCAGCUGCUUCUAGGAGCACUUUGCGUCCCCCUUCUUUACAAACACUGCUUGAGGAUGCACCUGGAUCCGCAGCUGUUCCUCAUACUUCGUCAUCUGGUGGUGAUUCUGAAGGAAAAAGCAAAUCUGCUGACAGAAGUUCGAGAAGUCGGAAGCUAAAGCAUGACGUCAUUGAAGCAGUUAAUGAACUUAUUCAGGAGAUUGCUACUUGCCAUGAGCAGAUUGCCGAACAAGCAAUAGAACAUAUACAUCAGAAUGAGGUAAUUUUAACUCUAGGCAGUUCAAGAACAGUAUUGGAGUUUCUUUAUGCUGCAAAGGAGAAAAAGAGAUCAUUUCGGGUGUUCAUUGCAGAGGGUGCUCCAAGGUAUCAGGGGCAUCUUCUAGCCAAAGAAUUGGUUGCAAGAGGUUUGCAAACCACAUUGAUUACUGACUCUGCAGUUUUUGCUAUGAUUUCUCGAGUGAACAUGGUUAUAGUUGGAGCUCAUGCUGUCAUGGCUAAUGGUGGGGUUAUAGCACCUGUUGGGUUGAAUAUGGUUGCACUUGCAGCUCAAAAACAUGCUGUCCCUUUUGUUGUGCUUGCUGGCAGUCACAAGUUAUGUCCUCUUUAUCCGCACAAUCCUGAAGUGUUAUUGAAUGAGUUGAGAUCUCCAUCAGAACUGUUGGACUUCGGAGAAUUCUCUGACUGCAUGGACUUUGGAAGUGGCACUGGCUCCCCUACUCUUCAUGUUGUUAAUCCAACAUUUGAUUAUGUUCCACCGAAGCUUGUUAGUCUGUUUAUCACUGACACAGGAGGGCAUAAUCCGUCGUACAUGUAUCGGCUUAUUGCAGAUUAUUACUCUGCCGAUGAUUUGGUGUUGCAGCGAAAGCCUACAGGGAAUUGAGUUUAGAGGUAGAGCAUUCAGUUGUACUUCACACUAAGUGAGACCUUUUCUCUGUUCUUAUUAACCAGACGACAAAUAUGUGAAGUUUUGCUUAUUUGACAUUGAUAUAUUAAAAAGCUAAAGCAAAUGGUUUGAUUUGGCAUCCACGAAAAUGGGAUGCUCGCAUCUUGGUUUGGAACUGGGUUAUUCAUAAUUGAUUUCGGAAUCCAAAUAAUUAUGAAGCUUUUAAUGCAUAACUUGCAAGUUAUGUGAAUCACUGUGCUUAGCAUUUGGAUCUUUGUGGAAGAAUCUGAGCCGUGCAAACAUGAAGCUGUUCCAACCAUUUGAAUACUGGAGAAAUAUUGGAAACUACAGUUGAGGAAUAUGGAAUGAGGUUUAAGCUAGUAUAAGAGAAUCAGGAGAUACUGUUUUUAUGAUUUGGGAGGUAUAUGGAGAUGACAAA